AUGAAUGCAGGUGUGGCAUUCGUUGGCAUCCCGGUAGUAGUCGGGGUAGCCGGCUUUACUGGAGCAGGCAUUGCAGCUGGGACACUUGCUGCCAACAUGAUGUCAGCAGCGGCCGUAGCCAAUGGAGGAGGGGUAGCCGCUGGCAGUGUUGUGGCAGUGCUGCAGUCCAUUGAAAUCAGUUUCGUUUCCGAUGUUGUUUGGCACACAGCUGUAAGCGGGCCUGCUGUUUGGGCCAAUCAGUGUCGGGAACACGGUCCUGUUAGCGCUUGCGUAGCUACAGCUGAGAGCAGGGCACAUCCUUCUUCAAAGCUUCUGCAUCUCUGUCUUCUACCAGCUCUUAGGGGAGACGAGGCGGGCGAGAUCUGUGCUCCCCACACAUGCACUGGGCAUGACUCCUUGCAGCUAGGCGUUCAGUUGUCCGUGAGAAGGUCCCACACACUCCAUGUGGGGACCAGGUAUGCAGGAGGAAGAUGGGGUGCAGGGCUGACGAAGUGGAGCCGCUAUCCCAGUGAUCAGGGCGUGUGGGUCAGAGUCUCAGUCAUGGUUGGAUUUAUCCCCAUUGCUGUUGGAGCAACUGUCGGAUUAGGCGUUGCCACCGUUGCUGUCCCAGCAGCACUCGGGGCAGUCGGCUUUACUGGAGCCGGCAUUGCAGCUGGGACACUUGCUGCCAAGAUGAUGUCAGCAGCGGCCGUAGCCAAUGGAGGAGGGGUAGCCGCUGGAAGUACUGUGGCAGUGCUGCAAUCUGUGGGUGCUGCAGGACUUUCUCUUGCUACAAAAGGUGCGGUGACAGCUGUUGGGGGAGCACUUGCAUUCUUCUUUCCAAAGUGAACGCCAGGACUGCUCUUCCCUCUUCCUCCUGCAAAAACAGCCGCUGCAACCUGCCUCUUGCUUGUUCUGCCUUCUCAACAAACAGCCCUUACAAUCCGUUUGGCUGGUGGCUGAAAUGUGAGAAAACAAUAAAAGCUUUUUGCU